AUGACUAAACACUUUGUUCCUGAGAACCCAAACAACUUGGUUAAAGACUGCUUACAGGGCUAUAUCGUGUGCAAUGAGCACUUAUCAGUAUUGUACCAUGAGAAAGUUAUUUUCAACAAUAAGUUUGACUCAUCCCAGGUGUGUUUGAUCAGUGGUGGUGGAAGUGGCCACGAACCUGGAUGGGCUGGCCUCGUUGGAAAUGGAAUGCUCGCUGCCUGUGCCCAAGGAGAGGUGUUUGCAUCUCCAAAUUUCAAAAAUAUCCAGGCGGCUGAGAAAACUGUCCACAGCCAAAAGGGCUGUAUUUUGGUCAUAACCAACUAUACUGGUGACAACCUCUACUUCGGCAUGGCCCAGCAGGAGCUUCUUGCGCGGUAUGGGCCUGGCCAUGUCAAGUUGUUGAGGUGCACCGAUGACGCGGCGAUUCCUCGCUCAACCAACUCGCUUGUGGGACGAAGAACCUUGGCAGGAGUGGGAAUUGUGAUCAAGAUGAUGGGAGCUGCCACCCAACUCCCACACCUCUCAUUAGAUGACAUCUAUCACUUUGGAGAGACGGUCAAUCGGAAUGUUAUUUCCAUAAACGCUGGGUUGGACCAUGUGCAUAUUCCGGGCCAUGCGCCCGAUUCCGAUUACGGAAAAUUGCAGCCAAAUGAAAUUGAAAUUGGUUUGGGUAUUCACAAUGAGCCAGGUUUCGUUAAACUUUCCCUGAUUCCAACUAACGAGGCUCUCAUUUCUGAUAUGUUGCAGUACAUGUUGAGCCAAGAUGAUCCGGAGCGUAGUUACUUAAAGUACGACAGCUCCGACCAGUUUAUACUCCUUUUCAACAAUUUAGGCGGAUUGCCAGUAAUUGAGGAAAAGGCCCUUCUUUUCCAGACAGUUACCCAGUUAGACAGGGAUUACGGGAUCGUGCCCCACAGAGUGUUGGCAGGAAACUUUGUCACCUCGUUGAAUGCCUCGAUCUUCACCAUCACCUUGUUCAAUGUAACCAAAACUGCUGGAAUGUUCACGGAACAACAGCUUUUUGAUUUGUUUGACCAGCCCACCAACGCAACCAACUGGCCGAACUAUGUGGAUCACACCGCAUCCACUGGGAACUACAAGGACCGCAUCAUCAAGCUGUUUGCACACUAUGAUGAGUUUGUUCCUGAUACCACAAAUGAUGUUCAAAUUGACCCACAAACUUUGUACAACAUAUUGCAUACGGGCCUGAGAAACUUGAUAAGGAUGGAACCUCUCAUUACCGAGUGGGAUACCAAGAUGGGCGACGGUGACUGUGGAAAAAUGUUGGAGAUUGCGGCCAAUGGAGUAUUAUUAGGACUUGACCAGGGUGAAGGGAUGGCUACGAACGGGUCGAUUUUGACUUGCUUGAACCGUAUUCUUGCGAUCUUGUCAAACGACAUGGGAGGUACGUUGGGGGCCAUUUUAUAUAUUUUCAUGAAGUCUUUCAUCAACAACUUGACGAUCAACCUUGGGUCGAGCCAAACUGACAUUAGACUCAUUUUUGCGACCAGCCUUAGCUCUGCCAUCGAAACGUUGAAAGGAUUCACCAAGGCUAGAGAGGGCCACCGGACUGUCAUGGAUGUGUUGAUUCCGUUUGUCAGGGUGUUCGGAGACACAUUAGAUAUUUAUAAAGCAGUGGACGCGGCAGAGGCUGCGGCCGAAGGCACACGUAAAUUGGCCCCGAAGUUGGGCCGGGCCACUUAUGUGGGUGGGUUGGAGAAUAAGAAGGAUUUUGUCCCUGACCCGGGGGCGUACGGGGUUUACGAAGCAAUUAGAGGUUUGAGGUGUUUAUAA